AUGAUACUUUCCCUAUUGAACCGUGGAGCAUUAUCGCUCGCGGUUGUGUCGCUUCUUGCGUCCUCUGCUGCUGCUGAUGUCUUCGAGAGUCUAUCAGGCGUGCCUCAAGGAUGGAUAUAUUCCCGCACACCGGGUGCCAAACAGCCCAUGAAGCUGCAGAUUGCCCUGACACAGGGCAAUACUGUAGGAUUCGAAAAGGCUGUCAUGGACAUGUCAACGCCGGAUCAUCCCAGCUACGGACAACACUUCAACACUCACGAGGAGAUGAAACGUAUGCUCCAGCCCAGCGCCGAGUCAGCGGGUUCGGUCCGUGACUGGCUCGAAAACGCCGGUAUUACUAGGAUCCACCAGGAUGCCGAUUGGAUUACCUUCUACACCACUGUAGAGACUGCGAAUGAGCUGCUGGCAGCUAAUUUCCAAUUCUACAUCAAUCGCGUGAAGCACGUGGAGCGUCUUCGCACACUCGAGUAUUCCAUCCCGGAGGCGCUGAUUCCUCACAUCAACAUGAUCCAGCCGACCACCCGGUUCGGCCAAUUGCAGGCCAACCGCGCUAUUUUGCACGGCCAGGUCAGGGAAAGCGACACUGCUUUCCGCAAGAAUGCCAUGUCUGGUUCUCCUGACUGCAAUAACAUCAUUACUCCCCAGUGCUUGAAAGAUAUGUACAAUGUCGGUGAUUAUGAGGCUAGCGAGACCGACGGGAACAAGGUCGCAUUUGUCAGCUAUCUGGAGCAGUAUGCACGCUACUCUGACCUGGAACUGUUUGAGAAGAAUAUCGUGCCCUAUGCACAGGGCCAGAACUUCUCCGUUAUCCAGUACAAUGGUGGCGGCAAUGACCAGACCUCGCGCGGUGACAGCAGCGAGGCAAACCUCGACCUACAGUAUAUGCUUGGAGUCAGCUCUCCUGUUCCCGUUACUGAGUUCAGUGUCGGUGGUCGUGGUCCACUUGUCCCUGAUCUUGACCAACCGGAUGUGAAUGAUAACAACAAUGAGCCAUACCUGGAGUUCCUCCAGAAUGUGCUCAAGAUGGAUAGCAAGGAUCUUCCCCAGGUCAUCUCGACCUCUUACGGCGAGAACGAGCAGAGUGUUCCUGAGACGUACGCCCGCACUGUCUGCAACAUGUUCUCCCAGCUCGGCAGCCGCGGUGUCUCCGUCAUCUUCUCAUCUGGCGACUCCGGUGUCGGUGCUGGUUGUGCCACAAACGAUGGCAAGAACACAACUCAUUUCCCACCCCAGUUCCCUGCCGCCUGUCCCUGGGUUACCUCAGUUGGCGCAACCACCCACACAGCACCCGAAAGGGCCGUGUACUUCUCAUCUGGUGGCUUCUCCGAUCUCUGGGAGCGCCCCCAGUACCAGGACGAGGCAGUGAGUGAGUUCCUGGACGACCUGGGCGACCGUUGGUCCGGUCUAUUCAACCCCAACGGCCGCGCGUUCCCCGAUGUCACAGCCCAAGGCCAAAACUACGCGAUCUAUGAGAAGGGUUCGUUGACCAGUGUUGACGGCACAUCCUGCUCAGCACCCGCCUUUGCUGGAAUCAUUGCACUCCUCAACGACGCCCGUCUUAAGACCAACCAGCCACCCAUGGGCUUCCUUAAUCCCUGGCUAUACUCGGCCGGUCGCGACGGGUUCAAGGACAUCGUCGAUGGCGCCAGUACCGGCUGUGAUGGCAAGAGCCGCUUUGGCGGACCUAGCAAUGGUGGUCCCGUAGUCGCUGGUGCUAGCUGGAAUGCCACUAAGGGCUGGGAUCCCGUUUCUGGUCUCGGGUCACCCAACUUUGGUAUCAUGCGCAAGCUUGCGAAUGCUGGAUAG